AAGCGUCAGAAUCACACACACGCACAGACACACACACACACACACACUUAGACAGACAGACAGACAGACAGUUACUGCUACUUAGGCGACAAACACCUUGGCAAAUUUAUUUACGAAACUUUUUGUGUAUAGGCGCCAGUUGACAUCCACACACAGCAGCAGCCGCAGCAGCAGCCGCAGCCGACGCAGUUGCUACCACGUUAGAUAAUCGAGCAACGUCCCCCCACCCCCUGCCCAACGGCCGGUCGUGACAGCGUUUAAUUGACCAGUGUGCUUGCAACAACAGCGCUUUUAGCUAAAUAUUAAAUAGGGAUACCAAAUUAAUUGUUAAAGAUGAGUCGUCAAUUGUUAAGGAAUCCGUCAACGCUGCAGCGUGCCGCCAAUGCGAUUGCGAUGCCAGCCAGAGCAGCAGCUGGCCUGCCGCCGCAUCUGGAGCGUAACAGCAGCCAGCUGCAGCAACAAUGUAAACUGACGGCAAGUGUUGUCAUUCGCCGCUGGAAAUCGCUUCUACAUAACAAUAACAGCGCUCAAAAGCUACGGACGACGGCUACAGUCACGACGACAGCGACGCAGCGUCGCAGUCAAGCUGAAGCAUUGAACGCGCGUGGUAGCCAUUCACCGUUUGACGCUCCUGCUCGCUGCAUGUCCAACAAAGCCCAAACCAUGAAUGUCUUGCGCUUGAACAAUAUCAAUGCCAACUAUGUGUCCAUGGAGUAUGCGGUACGUGGCCCGAUCGUCAUACGGGCCGGCGAAAUUGAGAAGGAACUGUUAAAGGGUGUAAAGAAGCCAUUUGACCGGGUAAUUCGGGCCAACAUCGGCGAUUGCCAUGCGAUGGGUCAAAAGCCGUUGACCUAUUUGCGGCAGCUAAUGGCGCUGACCAUGGAGCCACGCCUACUGGACUCACCCGAUUAUCCAGAUGAUAUCAAGUCGCGCGCUGUCGAUGUUCUGGCCGGCUGCCUGGGCGGCUCGAUGGGCUCCUACACCGACUCCGCUGGCAUGGAGUUCGUGCGUCGCCAGGUGGCCGCCUUCAUUGAGAAGCGCGACGGCGGUGUGCCCAGCGAUUAUCAGAACAUCUAUCUGACCGGUGGCGCCUCGCCAGGCAUCAAGAGCAUUCUCAGCUUGCUUAAUUACCAGGAGAACGGUCAGCUGCCCGGCGUAAUGGUGCCCAUCCCACAGUAUCCAUUGUACUCGGCGACCAUAACCGAAUUGGGCAUGUCCAGGGUGGACUAUUUCCUGAACGAGGACAAAGGCUGGGGUCUUGAUCGCAAGGAGCUGCAGCGCUCGUUCGAUGAGGCGAAAAAGCAUUGCAAUCCGCGCGCUCUGGUUGUGAUCAAUCCGGGCAAUCCCACCGGCCAGGUGCUGACACGUGAGAACAUUGAGGAGAUCAUCAAGUUUGCGUACGAUAACAAGCUGGUGAUCCUGGCCGAUGAGGUGUACCAGGCGAAUGUCUACGAUAAGAACUCCAAGUUCUUUUCGUUUAAGAAGGUCAUGAACGAGCUGGGCGAACCGCAUCGCACCCAGGAGCUGAUCAGCUUUCUGUCCGUCUCGAAGGGCUAUCUCGGUGAAUGCGGCAUACGCGGCGGCUAUAUGGAAGUGGUUAACAUGUGUCCCGACGUCAAGGCCGUGCUGACCAAGUCAAUUACGGCCCAACUGUGCAGCACCACCGCCGGCCAGGUGGCGAUCAGUGCUCUCGUCAAUCCACCGCAGCCCGGCGAGCCGUCCUAUGAGCUGUUCGAGAAGGAGAAGUCCGCUGUGCUGGGUGCGCUCAAGGAACGCGCCGAGCUGGUCUACAAAACGCUCAGCAGCUUCGAGGGCUACACGGUGAAUCCCGUGCAGGGCGCCAUGUACGUCUUCCCCAAAAUUGAGAUACCGCCCAAGGCUGUGGAGGCGGCCAAGGCCAAGAAUAUGCAACCGGAUGUCUUCUAUGCGUUCGAGCUGCUCGAGACGACAGGCAUUUGCAUUGUGCCCGGCAGCGGAUUCGGCCAAUUGCCCGGCACCUAUCAUUUCCGCAGCACCAUAUUGCCGCAAACGGCUCUGCUGAAGGAGAUGAUGGAGAAGUUCCGUGUGUUCCAUGCCGAUUUUAUGAAGAAGUACAAGUAGAUGCCAACAGCAUUGCGCUCCCCACCCAUCCAGCAACCAAAUUGAGACGUGAAACAGCUUUUAAUUUUUUUUUCAUCCCAAAAUUAUAAAGUGUAUUUAAUAAAACAUAAAAGUAGUGAACCACUUAUUUAUGAUA